AUGAUCUAUCUCUUUUGCGGCAGCGUAGAGGAUGAGAUUGUCGACGACUACAAGUAUUGGCUUACGCAGUACCACAACAGACUUGGUGAUGAAUCGUAUUCAUUCGACGAGUUUUACAUCGACUUCAAGGCGGCUACGCUGGACUAUGCCCGCUGGGUUUUUGCCUAUCGGCUCGUGGGAGACACGCCAGAGAAAUUUCGACAACGUGCGGAGAAGGUGGAUGUGAACUUGGGCCUUUUCCGUCGGCACUCUCCAAGGAUCCGUUGGCUGCUUCAGCUGGUGGAGGAGUUCCUCCCGGAAGCAGAAGCCGGGGCUCUGAGUGCGAGCUCCCUCUGA